AUGGCUGCGAAAUCGAGAUUCACAAAGCUCGAUGCUUUUACAAAGACGGUGGAGGAUGCGCGAAUCAGGACGACGUCGGGUGGUAUCGUUACCAUCGUCUCGUUGAUUGUGGUGUUCUUCCUGGCUUGGGGAGAAUGGCAGGACUACAGGAGGAUAGAGAUCCAUCCCGAGCUGAUUGUUGACAAGGGGAGAGGCGAGCGCAUGGAGAUUCACCUCAACGUCAGCUUCCCACGAGUGCCCUGCGAGCUGCUGACCCUCGAUGUCAUGGAUGUAUCCGGCGAGCAACAACACGGCGUCCAACACGGUGUCGUCAAGACUAGACUGCGUCCUCUCAGCGAGGGUGGCGGUGUUAUCGAAGCCAAGGCUCUGGCUCUCCAUGCUCGCGACGAAGAAGCUGCCCACCUCGAUCCCAACUACUGCGGUCCCUGCUAUGGCGCUGCUCCCCCUGUCCACGCGCAAAAGCCCAACUGCUGCCAAACAUGCGACGAGGUCAAGGAGGCGUAUGCCGCUCAGGCUUGGGCUUUCGGUAGGGGCGAGGGUAUCGAGCAGUGCGAGCGCGAACACUACGCUGAGAAGCUCGACGAGCAGCGCAAUGAGGGCUGUCGCAUCGAGGGUAACGUUCGUGUGAACAAGGUCAUUGGCAACUUCCACAUUGCCCCUGGCAAGAGUUUCAGCAACGGAAACAUGCACGUCCACGACCUCAAGAACUAUUGGGACACGCCUGUUAAGCACACCUUCACCCACGAGAUCCAUCAUCUGCGCUUCGGCCCGCAGCUUCCUGAUGGUCUGGCGAAGAAGCUUGGCAAGAAUAAGGCUCUACCAUGGACCAACCACCACGUCAACCCCCUUGACAACACUCACCAGGAGACCGAUGAUGUCAACUACAACUUCAUGUACUUCAUCAAGAUUGUGCCCACCUCUUAUCUUCCUCUCGGCUGGGAGAAGACAUGGCAGGGGUUCAAGGACCAGCACCACAAGGAGCUGGGUUCGUUUGGUCAAUCGGCCGAUGGCAGCCUUGAGACUCACCAGUAUUCGGUUACCAGCCAUAGGCGCAGCUUGUCCGGUGGUGAUGAUGGUUCUGAGGGCCACAAGGAGCGCCUCCACGCCAAGGGUGGUAUUCCCGGCGUCUUCUUCUCCUAUGACAUCUCCCCCAUGAAGGUUAUCAACAGAGAAGAAAGGCCAAAGUCGUUCCUCGGUUUCCUGGCUGGUCUCUGUGCCAUCGUCGGUGGUACCCUGACCGUGGCCGCUGCUGUCGACCGUGCUCUGUUUGAGGGUGGCAUGAAGCUCAAGAAGUUGAGGUCCAAGGAUCUAUAA